AUGGUUUGCUUUUUUUGGAUUUGUGGAUCGAAAUCGUAUAACGAUGUCGAUAACGAUAAACAAAAACAACAAAAAAUCACACGUGUAUCAUCACUUGAUAUCAAAUCGAAACCAAUAAUAAUACUUGAAACACCGGAAGAAACAGCAAAUCGUGAAUUCCAAUUCUGUCUAUUUCACGCUCGCCAAAAUUCGCGCAGAUCGUUUCAAAAACUCGGAUGGCACUAUUUGAGCGGAAACGGCACAAGAAAAGACGAAAGGUUGGCGUUCUUUUGGUUCUUGAAGUCUGCGCAAGAUGGAAAUAAGUACAGUCAGUAUUCGGUGGUUUGGUGUUAUCGAAAUGGGAUUGGAACGACGAAGGAUAUUCAUGAGGUGUUUAAGUGGUAUCGAAAAAUUAGGGUGAAGUGGAAUAUUAGAAUGGAUCCGAUGGAUAUUUUCUUUGGUUAG